CCCGUCACCAAACUCGGCGCCCAGCCAUUCCAGGGUGUUGACUGUGAUGACUACUUCUGGCAGGUAGGAAGGGUGUGACGAGAGGUGGGGUAAAUUGCUGAGCUUCGACACCCAACCAACUCUCGCGUUAGACCCUUUGAGCAUACUUCACGUUACCCUCGCUUUUUACAUUGUAAUGCUCUUGGACUCUAUCAAACAUGCCCUCAAUUUGUGGUAAAAUCGCUUUUCUACUUACUCUCAGCGUCGAUCUUGUAGCUGCCGCGCAUGCCGGCUUCCACGUCCAGUAUCCAUGGAUGUCCCGCAGUCCAAGUCCCAGGAUCCGGCCAGAGAUAGAUAGGUUUACCCCUUUCUGUGGUGACAUCGUGCAUAAUCCCCAACAAUACUCUCGCAGCUCUCGCAGCUUCCUCUCAUUUUCCGGCCACCCUGGGGAUCUUGUGACGGCCCUUUAUACCACGCAUAGGGUUCCCAGGAAGAGAGAAGACUUCCCUAAUAUAGUCAUACAGGAUGUCCCCAUCCAGCCUUUGGGCCAGCUAUGUGUGAACAUCACGAUCCCUUUUGCGACCGAGGUAAACGAGAUGGGAGUCAUGUAUUUCGAAGCACGGGAUCCGAAAACAGGGAACGUGAAACACUAUUGCUCAGACGUCAAGAUGGCUGAUAUAGAGGCUUUACCGGAAGAUCAUCCGGCCAUGUGCGCUGCUAACAAUGAGACCCUUAUUCCAAUGCCAGAUGAGUGGGCGUAGAGAUAAGCUGGGAACUUGGAGGCAUAACUGCCUAGGUAGAGAAGACAAUGACUUGAAUUGCUAUCACUCUAUUUGCUUAGUGAAAAGACCAGGUACUUUGAAAUGCACUCAA